CAACAAGAGAGUGAAAAAGAGAGAUAGCCAUGGCCAAGUCUGUAUUCAUUAUGCUUCUACUACUCUUCUUCAUUGCCAUGAUCUCCUUUGUGGCCACCACCACCACCACCACCACCACCACUGUUAUGGCUGCAGAUGCUCAAUACAAUCCAACUGGAUAUGGGCAGGGAAGUCUGAAGAGCUAUCAGUGCGGAGGAGAAUGCUCUAGGAGAUGCGGGAGGACGCAAUACAAGAAGCCAUGCCUCUUUUUCUGCAACAAAUGCUGCUCAAAGUGCUUAUGCGUUCCUCCUGGCUACUAUGGCAACAAACAGCUUUGCCCUUGCUAUAACAACUGGAAGACCAAACGCGGCGGACCCAAGUGCCCUUAAUUAAAUUCUUUUUCAACAACAUCACCUUCUUCUUCAUCAUCAUCAUCAUCCGAUAAGAAUAAUUAACUUCUCCGGCAGCCCUUUAUUAUUAUAAUUAUUGGCAAAUGGCAGCACCAGCUGCAGUUUAAUUAAUAAUAAGAGA